UGCUGCUACUAUUACCACUGCUACCACUCCACCCGCCGGCGGAUAACUUGCACAAUACAACUUCCACAACACUUGCUCCGUCCUGGACCGCCUCCUUGAACUCCAUGUGACACGCCAGCAUGUUGAUUCCACGCACCACGCACCCUCCGGAGCCUUUACGAACGCGAUGCCAAAUGCUUCCCCUCGGUGUGAGGGUCCCGCCCCUCGAGCUAGUUCCCGGAAACUACCCUGUAGGACCGGCUCCUCUUCGAGACGGCCUCUCGGAACCUUCUCGGAACCUUCUCGGAAUCUUCUCGGACGCUGCCCUGUAGGACCGGCUCGUGCUCAUGUUCCGCGUGCUCGACUUGGCCGGCGUCUCGCUCACGCCCAACCCGUUCCGCUCCUCCGACGUCAAGAAGGGGGAGGGGAUGGUCAAGGCGGCGGGCAAGGAGGUGCGAGACGCGUACCCGACCACCACGUACAAGAAUUGCCUGAUCAACGCGCCCGCCGCGUCGAUCGCCGGCCCGAUCGUCGCCGCGCUCGUGCCGAAGCGGUCGCGGGACAAGACCAUGCUGCUCGGCAAGGACUAUGCGGGCGAGCUCCACUCGUUCGUCGCGCCGAGCAGCCUGCCCAAGAAGCUCGGCGGCGAGCUCGACAACGGCAACCAGUGGAAAAAGUGACGCCGCGCGCUGUCUCGCGCCGCCGCUGCGCGCCGCCGCGUCGCCGGCGCGCCGCUGGCUCGCCAAACUCGUCGCCAAGAGCGUGGCGCGUCCGUGUCACCUAUCUCGACGCGCAUUGGCGGCAGGGUUU